AAAGCGAUCCAGAAACUGUUUUGAACGUUUGUUUAUGAGAAUCAGUCAGAAAUCAGAAUUAUUUGGUUUUUAAGAGAUAUAGAUCGCACUUUUAAAGUUCUUAAUCAAUUGAAUAUACAACAAAAUUACUAGCCUUUCAUCAUUUUUUGCGAAGGAGCAACUAUCGUAAUGGAUAUGAAAGAUUGUAAAUACGGGUCAACGUGUUUUCGGCGAAAUAAACAUCAUUUCCUUGAGUUUUCUCACCCAAUUAUUGAAAAAAUAGCAUUACAAAUAAACAAUGGAGAAAUCGAAGCUGUAAUGUCUCAAGAAUUAAAAUCAAACCUUCUGGAGCAAGCACAACUUGUUGCUGAGCUCAUGGAAAGUGGGGAAUUAAUUCUUGAUGACAGAAGGAAGAUGGAAAUCUCUGGUGAAAAAACUGGAGUGAAGCGUAAUGCCUCUGCAAUGGCACAAAGUGACAAUGAGGCAGAGAUAGAAGAAAAUAGCAGCGAACAGAAAGAAAAAAGAAUCAAAGCAACAGCUAUUGAUGAAAAUAUUCCUUCCCAUGCUAAGAUGACAGAUGAUGUUGGUUCCUCAACCAAAAUGGUUGUCAAUGAAAAACUUAACCCUUUACAAAAGAUUGAAGCUUCUGCUCCUGUUUGCUAUUUCCUUAGCUCUAUAGAAAAUGUACCUGAAACUUGGGACCAGUCUCUUACCUUAACAUUUAGUGAUUUGCUCCAUCCUUCACUUGGUGUGUUGCAAGAAUCAGUACAAUUUAACUUCAUGGUGGAGCUUGGUUGGCUACUUGCUCAGUAUUGUCAGCAUAAAGUCCAAAGGAAGCCAAUGCUUGUGAUUUACGGAACUGAAUCCGAAGAGCUAGCUGCCGCUCAAAGUCGAGUGCCAACGCUUCACACGAUCAGAGUCAAACCUAAAUAUCCAUUUGGUAGCCACCACACGAAAAUGUCCAUGAUGUCCUACGAAGACGGAAAUUUGCGAAUCGUUGUUCAUACGGGUAACCUUAUUGAAUCUGAUUGGGAAGACCGUACACAAGGCCUUUGGAUUAGUCCGUCUUGUCCACCUUUGUCAUCAAAAGACAACGAGAAGAUCGGAGAUGGUGAUUCUAUAACUGGUUUCAAAAGGGAUCUUGUUCGUUAUUUAGAAUCCUAUUCACUUUCCGCUUUGAAGCCUUGGAUAGAAAAAAUUCGCCAGGCUGACAUGUCUAGUAUUAAAGUUUGUUUUAUCCCAUCUUCGCCGGGAUCUCAUGCCAUUCAAUCAGAAGCCAAUGAAAAAGUGCCGAAAUGGGGACAUCUUUACUUGUCUUGGCUAUUGCAACAGCAUGCUUCGUCUGAGGCAAAUGAUUCCAUUAUCAUGCAAUGUUCUUCGAUUGGUUCGCUCGGUCCAUCACCCAGCAGCUGGCUUGCAGGCGAGUUAGGUGUAUCCAUGGCUGCUGCUUCCGGUGUCACCAAACUCGGCCAGAAAAAUGUCCAAGUGGUUUACCCGUGCUUCCAAGAUGUCAAAUCCAGUAUUCAUGGGUUACUUGGUGGAGGCUGUUUACCAUACUCACAUCAAGGCCACAACAAACAAACAUGGUUCACAGGAUUUCUCCAUAAAUGGCGUAGUGACAGCAGACUCCGAACAACGGCAAUGCCUCACAUUAAAUCUUAUGCUCGUGUCAGCAGUGAUAUGAGCAGAGCUUCUUUUUUCGUACUUACCAGUGCGAACGUUUCAAAGGCCGCUUGGGGGAUGAGGACCAACAAGGAUUCGAAAUUGAUGAUUCAAUCGUUUGAAGCUGGCGUCCUGUUCUUACCCAAAUUCCUUUUUGGUGAAAUGACUUUCGAACUCGGGAAACAACUCUGUCUUCCAUACGAUUUACCGUUGACGAAAUAUGGUGAGGGUGACGAACCUUGGUUCAUUGAUAACCUGCGCUAAAAUUCGUCGUUUACUACAAUAAACUUUUUUUUUACUGUGAUAAAAAUACAAUGAUCGAAAAUUUUAAAA